AUGCGGCUGCUGGCUAAACUGCUAUUGUUAAUCCAUUUCUGUAACGCAUACAAAAUUCUCGUCGUCAAUCCUAAAUUCGCCUAUAGUCACGUUAAUUAUAUGGGUAACAUUGCUGAUGCUCUUGUGGACGCUGGGCAUGAUGUGUUAAUACCCACUAUACGAGAACUCGUAACAUUCAGUGUAAGAACUAUUCUUGGCGAUAAACAAGUGCUGCAGCAAUUAAAAUCCGAGAACUUCAAUGUUGGCAUUGCAGAGUUGUUCGACUUUUCUGGCUUGGCCGUGUUUGAAGCCAUCGGGCUCAAAAACGUUGUUGGAGCACACACUGUCUCAAGCCUGAUGGAGGGUUCCGCUUAUGCUGUCGGUGUUCCAGUAAUUCCCAGCUAUGUGCCAGCAUCACAAGGAGUCACGGAUGAUUCAACAUCCUUUUCAACUCGUGUCAAAAACAUCAUCUACAGUUACCUCUCUUAUUACUUUCAACUGAAUGCUGCAAGAGCUGCAGAGAAGGUGAUGGUGGAAAAGCUCGGAAAAUCUAUCACUCCAAUAUGGGAUACUGUAUCAAACAUGACAUGGAUGCUUACGAACACUGAACCAAUGCUAGAAUUUGCAAAACCGACACUACACAAAAUCGUGGAUAUUGGUGGUAUUACCGUUCGCAGACCUAAACCGCUUGAAAAGGUGACUCUUCAACCGGUAAUCGCAGAGGAUGUAGACAAUGGAACGACGAAGUCCCAUGUGAUUCAAAGGGAUGUCGACGACACUAUAAAAUCAGAACUUUCAAAUCUGAAAAGAAAUCGAGAAGUCCAGAAUAAAGGAUGGACUGGUACCAUGCGCGCUAGCGAUGUGGUCAAAAUGCUUCCACCGUGGGCACGAUGGAUAAAUGCAUCAGUGACAACACUUUUGAAAGAUAAGAAGUUGAUGGAAAGCCUCAAAGCUGAGAAUUUCGAUGUGGGCAUAGCAGAACUAUUUGAUUUUAUAGGGAUAGCUGUGUUCGAGGCUAUAAACCUCAAAAAUAUUAUUGGUACACAUUCUUAUGCUUCUUUGGUGGAAGGUACAGCAUACGCCAUCGGUGUCCCGAUUAUUCCCAGCUUCAUACCAGCCACACAAGGAGUUACCGAUGAUUCUGCAUCAUUUUCAACUCGGGUAACCAAUCUUGUAUUUACCUUUUAUUGCUGGUAUUACCAAAAAGGACUUGCGAAUGCGGCGGAGUCUGCAAUGAUGAAGGAACUGGGAGAAUCUGCAACACCUAUUUGGGAUUCUGUUUCGAACAUGUCGUACAUAUUGACCAAUAGCAUUCCUUAUUUCGAUUUUGCCAAACCGUCUCUCCAUAACAUUGUCGAAAUAGGUGGUAUAGGCAUAAAAGAACCUAGAGCGCUGGGGAAGGGAUGGGAUCGAGUGCUUGGUCUACGCUCACAGACUGUGUUAAUCUCUUUUGGAACUUUGGCAAAUAGCAGCUGUAUGCCAGAUCAAAUGAAGAAAGCCAUUGUCGAAGUCGCCGAAUCAUUUUCCAGUGUCACAUUCAUCUGGAAAUAUGAAGACUCUGAUAAUGCACAAUUCGCAUCUGGCGUUAAGAACUUAUACUUAGCAAAGUGGACUCCUCAAAGUGACCUAUUGUCUGACGAUCGCCUGUCCUUGUUUGUGACCCAUGGAGGAGCCGGGAGUUUGACUGAAGGUGCUUUCCUUGGCACACCACUCGUUGUUGUGCCCCUAUUUGCAGAUCAGGCUAGGAAUGCUAUGUUGGCAGUGAAAUUUGGAUUUGGAUUGAUGCUGGAUAAGGAGAAGCUGUUUGACAGCAAGGCUUUGGGCGGAGCAAUCGGCGAGGUUCUCAGGGAGCCAAAGUAA